UAUAUCAUUGUGCCCAGUUGUGCCUUAAGAAGAAAAGGAAGUUGUGUCUUUUGGACUCAAUACGUUGUAUUGCCUAAUUCAAAGUACUACAAUAAUAACCAAGAAGGAGCUAGAUAAUUGUUACGCCUUUGGUUUUUUUUCUCUUUCGUGGAUCACACCAACGACCAAUUACUUUUGUGACGAACUAUUUUUUUGUGCGUAAGUAUAUCUUCUAUUCCUUUAGAAUUUUAUGAAAUGUGUAUUAUGUACAAUAAAUAUAUACGUUACAAUUUUCUUGACACAUAUUUUUACUUGUUUAUACAAUUUUUUAAAUAAGCAGAAAAAAUAUACGGUAUUCUUUAAUUCCAUUUAUAUAUGAAUUGAGAAAAUGUUAUAUUAGUGAUUAAUAUUUUAAGAGUCCCAUAUAGGAGAUUUGUUUUGUCUGGGACAGAAUAUUAUCUCCUAUUAUAUCUAAAUUAAUAUGAAUAUUUUGUUGCAGUGCGGAUAAUCUGUUAGAUUGAAUCGAAAGACUGAUCAAAAAAUUGAACUGAAUUAAAGACUGAAAGAAUCAGAAACUCUUCUAAUAUAGUGAGGAUAAUGCAAGUGAGGACGACAACUUUUGCUUUGGAUCAUUAUUUGUCAGGACAUAUCAGCCAUGCCGAAACAAAAGUUAUUAUCAGAAAUGUCAAAAAGACAUUUCCGACGAUUAAAAUGUAAUGCACGUAAUAUUGCGAUUGCGGAAAUGAAUAAGUUAUCAAGAUCUGUUAAGAAGUACAAUCAACUACAAAAUUCGAGUAAUGACCUUGAUUGUGACAAUGGUUCUAAUUUGGGGAAUUUAUUAUGUCCGAAUGCACUCACUUUUAAUAAUAUUGAAGAUGCUGACCAUACCAAUUUGUCUGCUGCUGCAUCAAUUAGAGGUGAUUUAAUAAAGUGGACAGUACAGUUUCAAAUAUCACAUAUAGCAGUUACUGCAUUAUUGUCAAUUUUAAGAAAACAUGGUUUUGAUAGCUGUUUGCCAAAAAACUCUAAAACAUUGUUGAAAACCCCAAGAUGUACGAACGGAAAGUUGCACCAAGGGAAUACUUUCAUAAUGGCUUAAGAUCAAGAAAAAUGACGUUUCUCCAAAAAAAAUGAUAACAUUGAUUCAGUUCAAGUACAAAUUAGUACAGAUGGAUUACCAAUUUCUAAAUCUUCUACUAAUCAAUUGUGGCCUAUUUUAGGCUCGGUGAUGCCCAACCUUUCUGACAUUUUUCUCAUUGGCUGUUACUUUAGUUCUAAGAAACCAUAUAAUUGUAAUGAAUUUUUGCAUGAUUUUGUGGAUGAAAUAAAAAUUCUAGUUACUGAAGGAGUUGAAUAUGGAGGAAAGCAUAUAUCUGUAUCCAUACAUUCAUUAAUUGCUGAUGCACCCGCAAAAUCUUUUGUAACAGCCACAAAAGGACAUACAGGUUAUUAUAGUUAUACUAAAUGUACAACGGAAGGUGAAUAUAUCGAUGGGAGAAUGUGUUUCUCAGAUAUGAAUUGUCGUAAACGGACAAAUAAAAGCUUUUUUGAAUAAAAGCACAUAGAGCACCGUACUGGGAAGAGUAUUUUAUCAGAUAUACCAAAUUUUGGAAUGGUAUCUGACAUUUCGUUUGAUUACAUGCACUUGGUUUGCAUUGGUGUGGUCAAAAAAAUGUUAAAUUUUUUGUUAUCCGGACCGUUAAAUGUUCGAUUGCCGGCACGAUCAAUAAACAGCAUUUCGAGUUUGUUAAUUGAAAUGCGGACAUCAAUAUCUGUAGAAUUUGUUCGUAAACUACGGGAAUUACAUUUCCUGAGCUUAUGGAAAGCCACAGAGCUGAGACAAUUUCUUUUAUAUACUGGCCCUAUUCUUUUAAAGAAUUACAUAAAUAAAGAUAUUUACAAGAAUUUUCUAACACUGCACGUGGCCAUUCGACUAUUAUGUUCUCCAGAUCUUUUACAUAUUACUUAUGCAGAAUCCUUACUAAAACAUUUUGUGCAGUCAUUCGCAAUCCUAUAUGGGUCACAACAUAUAUCUCACAAUAUACAUGCACUAAUUCAUUUAGCAGAUGAUGUUAGAAAAUUUGGCACACUGGAUACAUUCAGCGCUUUUGGAUACGAAAAUUAUUUAAGAAAAAUAAAACAGUUUGUUAGAAAAGCUGAACGUCCUUUACAACAAAUCCACAAUCGUUUAACAGAAUUGGAAUAUUGCUUAUCGUUUAAAAAAGAACAUCGAAAAAUCGGUGUACAUGAAACAUACAAUGCGGGUCCAAUCUUACCUGGAAUAAAUAGUCCUCAAUACUCAACAUUUUCAAGAACAGAUUUUAUCCUAUUUAUUCAUAGUCCAAAUAAUUGUUGUGGUUUAAACGAUGGUACAAUUGUCUUCAUAGAGAAUAUUGCUACUAAUACUGCUAAUGAUUUAUGCAUUAUUGAUCGAAAAUUUAUUGGUUUGAGUGACCUAUAUACUGAACCGUGUAAUUCUUCUUUGUUGGGAAUAUAUAAGUCAGAAGGAUAUGAUAAUUUGUCGGCCUGGCCUCUAACAGCUGUUAUGAUGAAAUAUACUAAAUUUAAUCUUUGUAAUUCAAAAACAUUUGCACUUUUACCAUUGUUGCAUAACGUAUGUAUAAUAUAAUUUUUGUUCACAUGCUUGGUAUGUACGUGUAAACGUGUGUGUGUGUGUGUGUGUGGGUAUUUUUUUAUGGAUUCCAUUUGUUAGAAUUUGAAGACGGGAUGCAAAUAGUACCUGAUAAUUGGAUACAAGAAAAUACGAAUAAAUGUUGGUAUCCAAAUUAUAAAACAGAUAAAGAUAUAAAUAAAGCAAUUAAAAAACGGUAUACCUCAAGAUAAUUGGUUAUUAUAUCCAAUUAUACGAUUAUUUGGUAUAUAUGGUAAGUGAACGUAUUACACAAGAAUUUUGAAUUUGCUAUUUAUGUGUAAAUAAUGGUUUGCGAACUAUUUUGACAAACAUAUUGUGACAAUCAUGUUAUUAUUUAUAAAAAUUAUUACAUUUUUUUUUAUAGAAACGUACAGUGAAGCAUGUCAGAAACUUAAAAAGCCCGAGACAAUUUCUGAUAUUAAUACGGAUACCGACGACAAAGCACAAAGAAAAGUUAGAGCUAAAAGACAGAACAAUACCGAUGAUGAUGAAAGUGAUAGUAGCAAUUAUCAGUCUUCCUUACCACCAUAUCCAAAAGCUCCUGUGAGUCGUACAAGUAAGUAAUUUUAAAAUUGUUUAUUAUGCUUCUAUUAUUAGAUAUGCAUAUUGCUCAUUUGUUACGACAUAACUCCAAAAAAAAUUUUUGUAGUUUAAAUGUUUUGAAUCAUUAUAAUUUUGUAAUAUCAUUUUUAAUGCAAUUUUAGUGUUACGAUUUGGUCUACUGAUUGUAGAAGAAUGAAAGUAUCAUUAGCUCUUAACUCAGUGUAUUCAAUUCUCAUAAAAAUUCUCUUUGCGGACAACUCAAAAAUUUUAAUUUUUAUGUCGUAGCAAAUAAGCGAUAUAUGCUCAGGUCAUUAAAAAUUCAUUGGAAAAAUAUUAUAAAAAUAUUUUAAUGUGACGUUAAUGGGUUACAUACUUUCGGCAGGCCUGAAAUUAGAUCAAAAUUAACGAUUUUUUUUGUGGGUAAAGUUAUGGUUUAUUAAGAAAUAAAGAUACAUUUCUUGUACAGUAGUUUUUUGAAAAUAUAUCCUGCAAAUUGCAAUUAAAAAUAUCAAAAAAUGAGGUCCUGGUAACUAUUUUUCCGAACAAUGUUUCUAUAAUAAAAACAGUGUUUUGCGGUAAAUAAUAUCAAUUUUGAUAUUUUUAGUUACAAUUUGCAAAACAUUUUCAAAACACUGUUUUACAAAAUGUAUUUUUAUUUAAUAAUAAACCAUAUAUAAUUUUAGCCACAAUAAAAAUUUAUAAAUUUUGAUCUAGUUUUAGACCUGUCAAAUAUGUAACCCCAUCUUAAGUGUGUGUGUGUGUGCGUGUGCGAGCGUGCGUGCGUGCGUGCGUGCGUGCGUGCGUGCGUGUGUAUGAAAAGUCCACUCUACCUUUUUCGUGAUGGCAAACUGGAGGAAUCAAGGAGAAGACCACAAAGGUAACAGUAGACAUAAUAAUUUAUUAGGGAAACAAUUGAAAAACAAACUUUAGUGCAUUUCAGAACGGUGCUGCCUUAUUCGUGACGCGGCUCUCCGUCAGAUGGCUUAAAAUAUAUGUGCGUCUUAUGAGCCGCGUCUUAGCGCUUAUUUGUUUCUUAACAACAACGGAGCAAGAAGCAUUAUGACAG